CACAGAGCGAGAGCAACAGGCAAAAGGAGGACCAGGAUACUGUGUUGGACGAUAGGAACCCAAGCGUUGCUCAUGUUCUGCAGAAGGAGACGAAGAAGACUCUUGUUGCUCUUCCAACUUUUGCAGGCGUCUGAAUAAUGUGUCUCCCUUGCAAGAAAAUGUCAAAGUCACUGAAGAAGAUCGUGGAGGAGAGUCGCGACAAGAAUCUCCCAGAGGUGGACAUGUGUGACAGAGGAAUAUCAAACCUGCUGGAUAUUCCUGGACUCUUCUCUUUGUCCACCAUAACUCAACUGGUCCUGAGCCACAACAAGCUAAGUGCUGUGCCUCCAAAUAUUGCUGAUCUGAAGAACUUGGAAGUGUUGAACAUGUUCAACAACCAGAUUGAGGAGCUUCCAACGCAGAUCAGUAGCCUUCAGAAACUUAAACAUCUCAACCUUGGGAUGAACAGGUUGAGCACUCUUCCACGAGGAUUUGGAUCUCUUCCAGCGCUGGAGGUUCUGGAUCUGACGUACAAUAACCUGAAUGAGUCCUCACUUCCCGGGAAUUUUUUUUACCUCACCACCCUGCGCGCGCUCUAUCUCAGUGACAACGAUUUUGAGAUUUUGCCCCCAGACAUCGGCAAGCUGGCCAAGCUACAGAUAUUAAGUUUGAGGGACAAUGACCUCAUCUCUCUACCCAGAGAGAUUGGAGAUCUGACUCAGCUGAAAGAACUUCAUAUUCAAGGGAACAGACUCACUGUACUUCCUCCUGAACUUGGUAAUCUGGACCUGACGGGACCCAAGCAAGUGUUUAAGGCUGAGAAUAACUCCUGGGUGACUCCUAUCGCAGACCAGUUCCAGCUGGGCAUUUCUCAUGUCUUUGAGUACAUCCGCUCCGAGACAUACAAGUAUCUGUACGGGCGACACAUGCAGGCCAAUCCAGAGGCACCCAAAAAAAAUGCCGACAAAUCCAAGAAGAUCAGCCGCAAGCCGCUGGCGGCCAAGAACAAGUGAAGACCAGGCGCUGAUCUGAGAUCAACGCAACGUCCAUGCAUGUGCCUUCUUCAGUUCAUAUUUAUUGGUCUUUUGAUUUUUGUAUUGCUUCAGUAUUAUCUAAUCACCCUGCAUUAAAUAUUUAAAGAUGUAGUUCACUUCUAGAAUAAUUGGGCACCAUUGACUUCCAUAGUAGGAAAAAAAUACUAUGAAAAUCAGUAGUGACUAUCAACUGAUUGGUUAGCAUCAUAGUCACAAUUAACUUCCAUAGUAGGAAAAAAAUACUAUCAACUGAUU